AUGUCACAGCAAAACUCGCGCAGCGCUUCAUGCGGGGCCGACACGCUAGUCUGCACCACUCUGGAGGAGCUGCUGCAAAGAAAUCCUCAAACAAGAAUGAGCGACCUGCCUACUGGUACUCGAGUUCUUGUUAACGCCCAAUAUUGGGUUACGGUUGGCAAAGACAGGCCUCAGGGGGAAAGCGGAGUCUGGACACAACGAAACAUCAAGAAAAUGGAGAAAAACCCACCUGACGGCAAGGAUUCUGAGAGGAUCACUGAAAUCAAACGGUUACAGGAAGAGAGGGCAGCAGUAGAAGCUUGCCUCCUUAUAGUGCGGAAGGCAGAUUCUGAAGCUAAAAAUAUGCUGUCCGAGUCCAGCCGAGUAACCGACGAUGAAUGGGAGAUGGCAUAA